AUGUGUUUCAAGGUAAGACCCGAUGCGGAGUAUGAUCACCACAACUGGUCCAAAGGCGGCAACGAUCAGUACAUGUACGAAAACAACCAGCAAUGGAGCACCCAAGAGGACUAUGGGAAAGGAAACGAACACGAUUACAUUGAACAAGCUGGAGUGCCUUCAAACGAUAACUACGGAGGUGAAGAGUAUCAUGGUGCUUCCGGAGGAGAAGUUCCAUACGGCGGUGACGUAGCUGGAGAAGACUUUGAUGUUUCCGGAGGAGACUUUGAUGGCGGUGGAGAAGGUGAAGCUGCUGAGCCUGAGACAUAUGAAGGUGGAGAUGACGAGGAGAAAGCUCACUAUGAUCAGAAUUACAAUUAUACCUCUACUGCAGCUACUGUUGAUCCAUAUUGGAAUUAUCAUCAAUGGGUUGCUGAGGGUGAAGCAGCUUGGGCAGGCGAAGAAGUAUACGGAAUAUAUGACCAGCAAUGGUAUGAUACUCACGAAGAAGGCUAUAAUCACGAUCACGACGAUACAGCACCAUGGUGGGGCGGUAGCUAUGACGCAGAGGGAGAGGCGUACUUUGCUAAUUUUUUCUGUUACAUUAAUCUUCUAGUCAACAUUCUGGCUGUGGUGGGUACCUAGUACUCACUGUUAGUUCAGGUCCUCCUCGUGCUCCGUCAAUUAUUUGAGAUCAUCAGAUAUGAUCUUCUACUUCUUCUUCAGUAGCCAGUUUCCUCUUCAUUUGAGCUACGUCUAUAUUUUUGGGUUAAAAAUCUUCAGAUCAGGAUCACUAGAGCAUUGCUGUAGCUUCCCUCAGAUUGAGACAGUUGAAGAAACAAGAUACAACCAUGCAUUCAAAUUUCCACCUCAGGGAGGAUCAUGGCUACGAUGAAGGCGACGAAGAAGGAGACGAUUACACAGAAGAGAUUGUAGAGGAGGUUCAGGGACAAAGAGCUUCUCUUCAAAGUGCUGCACGAGAUGAGGAUUUGGAUGCGAGAAAAAACAGCUACUACGACUGGCAUGCCUACGCAGGUGCAGCAAAAGUGCGACAGAGCAUCGUCAUGGUUGCCUGA